CCCGGCGUCCUUGGCCCAGCUGGAGGGACCCGCGAACACGCCCCCCCCCCCCCCCCCCCCUCCCCCCUCUCUUCUUCUUCAGCGGAAAGCAUCUCUUCUCUCUUCUUGGUGUUCGGGACAGCAAUAGGACCCCGCGGGACAGCGAGAUGGCGAUGUCUCUUGAGCUGACCAUCCUUCAGCUGAUCUGUCUCUGCCUGUCGGUGGCCGUCGUCGGUGCGAGCAGCGACGCUACUUAUGCCCGGUGGUUUCACGGGACCAACAGUAGGCGCCUUUUGGAUGAGGCCCUCAAGGGUGACGAGCCCGUGUUCCUGGAAGCGGACGUGGUUGUGGAGGGUAGCAUGGCCGUCCUGGAGCACCCUCUGGAUCAGCCCUGGGACUUGAGUCUCCGGGACCUGCUGAACCUGGUCACGGCAAAGCCCAAGAGGGUUACCCUCAAGCUGGACUUCAAGAGCACCGAGGUCCUUCCGUCGGCCAUCAACGUCCUUAUGGGUGCUCUGACAGAGAACCUGAAAGACCUGUGGCUGCACGCGGACGCGGUCCCAGGCCCCGGCGGCAAGCCACCUGUCGACGCCUCCACCUUCCUGCGGUACACAACGCCCUUCCACCCGUUCGCCGUUGUAUCUCUUGGGUGGACCACCAAGAACAAGGGUGCAUACUCCUGGCGGAACGUCGAAACGAUGGCCCGCCUCACCCGCUGUGGACAACCGUACCUGAGAAGAGUCGCCUUCUCCGUACGCGCCUCAAUGGUCGAGAACUCGUUGCCCCAGCUCGCCUGGCUCGUGGACGUCGUACCAAAUUCCACCCUCUCCGUCUGGUACCCGUCAUCAGAAGCUCCGCCUACAGAAGCAUUGUUGAAACUUCGCCAGACAAUUCCGGAGUCGUCCGUUGUCUACGACUUGCCGCGGGACUACCCUUUCGAGAACCUGGUAGACGCUCCCAUCAUGGAAGAAGACCAGGACUGGAGAAUAGACUGGAAGCUGACUGGAGACUCUCCUUGUCAGAAAACCUCGUUGGUCGGAAAGCGCGCAGUGGUCUUGGGAGAUCAGGCGGUCUCGGCGACUCUGCCAGACCCAUGGGCGAACUUCGAGGCCAAGCUGGACCUCAGUAAACCAAGAUCUGUCGCGGUGAGCCUCGGCAAGUCUAAGCUGACACUGGAAGGCCCCUGCUUUUACAUGGUUCUCAACAGGAAUGGGCAAAAGGUUACAAGUCAUGUUUGGGGCAUACCCUGCAAGGAUAACACCCUGGAUCCGGCCAGAAAAGAAAGCCCGGCGGAAAUGACCCGGGAAUGGGACUUCGAGAACGCUACGGUACCGCUUGUGUUUGAGUCGUCGCCUGGAGGUGUUGUCUAUGCAGCGUACUUCCAUUCAGCCGCACCGACUUUGUCCUGCUCGCUAGCACUGCUUUUGAUGGCGUUUGCAGUGUUGGCCGUCUGAGGGGGUACAACUGACUGUUUAGGACAGCUUGUGUUCUAACGUGUUGUGCAAGUUAGCGUGCAAAGUUGCCGUCGCCGUCUUCCAGUAAGUGUGUAGAAAGGGACGAAUUCGAGCGAAGUAUGAACCUCGUGGCUAUUGUGAAGCAGCCCCACUAGCAAAACUUACAACAUAAUAUACGAAUGCAAGAGGAAAUACUAGAUGAAAAUAUUGCUUCCAGUGGCUAGUAAAAUAAAACACAACAGAAAUCCUUGAGUGCUCAUUUUGAACGCUUUAAGUCGUGAGAAACAAUGAA